AUGGAAGCUUUGUCUGAUGAAAAUCAAGCAAAAUACGUUAUUAAGAGAGACGGAAGUCACUAAGAGAUCAGUAUUGCAAAGAUCAGACGUAGAAUGGAGUGCCAUUCUCAAGGAUUGAACGAGAAGUUCAUUAAUUACGAUGUUGUUGUCAAUAAAGUUUUCAGUGGCAUCUAUUCUGGUGUAACGACUGCUGAACUCGACAAUUUAACUGCGGAAACCUGCGCCUACAUGAAUAUGGUACAUCCAGACUAUUCUAAACUUGCCGCCAGAAUUGCAAUUUCAAAUUUGCACAAGAAAACAUCAUCCGAUUUUCUCGAAGUCUCAGCUAGGCUAAAAAACUUCAAGGACAAGUUUGGAAGAGAAGCUGCCUUGCUCGCCGAUGACGUCUACGAUAUCAUCUUGAGAAACAAAGACGAGAUCUAAUCUAGACUCGUUUACGACAGAGACUACAACUACGAUUAUUUUGGAUUCAGAACCCUGGAGAGAGCCUAUCUUUUAAAAGAUGGAUCCAAAAUAAUUGAGAGACCACAACACAUGCUGAUGAGAGUCAGUAUUGGAAUUCACAAGGAGGAUCUAGAAUCAGCUUUUGAAACAUAUGAUUUAAUGAGUCAGCUUUGGUUCACUCACGCUACCCCAACACUCUUUAAUUCUGGAACUCCAAAGCCUUAAAUGAGUUCUUGCUUCUUAUUAACCAUGAAAGAGGAUUCAAUUGACGGUAUCUUUGAGACUCUAAGAUAAAUCGCAGUUAUCUCAAAGGCUGCUGGAGGUAUUGGUGUCUCAGUGUCAGACAUCAGGGCAGCUGACUCUUACAUUAGAGGAACAAACGGAUACUCAAAUGGAUUGAUACCUAUGCUAAAGGUUUUUAAUGACACUGCAAGGUAUGUUGAUCAAGGAGGCGGCAAAAGAAAAGGUGCUUUUGCAGUCUAUGUUGAACCAUGGCAUGCAGAUAUUUACGACUUCCUUCAACUCAGAAAGAAUCAUGGUAAAGAAGAGAACAGAGCAAGAGAUCUGUUCUAUGCUCUCUGGAUUCCAGACUUAUUCAUGAGAAGGGUUGAGAAGAAUGAAGACUGGACAUUGAUGUGUCCCAACGAAUGCCCAGGAUUAACAACAUGUUGGGGAGAGGAAUUUGAUAAACUUUAUGAGGAGUACGAAAUUUCCGGACGAGGAAGAAAGACGAUCAAGGCUAGAUGGCUAUGGACCUAGAUUGUUGAAUCAUAAGUUGAAACUGGGACACCCUAUAUGCUGUACAAAGAUACUUGUAACAGAAAAUCUAAUCAACAAAAUCUUGGUUGUAUAAAAUCCUCGAAUCUUUGUACUGAAAUCGUAGAGUUUACUAGCCCAGACGAAAUUGCUGUCUGUAACCUUGCUUCUAUAGCACUCAAUAGAUUUGUUAUUAAAGAGACUAAAGAGUAUGACUAUGAGAAGUUACACUAUGUAACCAAGAGAAUCACCAAGAAUCUAAACAAGAUUAUUGAUAACAAUCACUAUCCUAUCCCUGAAGCUAAAUAUUCAAAUCUUAGACAUAGACCAAUCGGUAUUGGUGUUCAAGGAUUCGCAGAUGCCCUUCAGUUGUUGAAAAUCCCAUUCGAAGAUCCUCAGGCUCUCAGACUUAAUGAACUUAUUUUUGAAACCAUCUAUCAUGCUUCAAUGGAAGCAUCAAUGGAAUAAGCAAUGGCCGAGGGACCUUAUGAGACUUUCUAGGGUUCCCCAUUAUCCCAAGGAAAAUUCUAAUUUGACCUUUGGGAUAAGAAGCCAUGCUCAGAUAGAUACGAUUGGGAGAAAUUAAGAUAAGAUGUGAUGAAACACGGAGCUAGAAACUCUCUACUCAUUGCCCCUAUGCCAACUGCUUCCACAUCAUAGAUCUUGGGAAAUAAUGAAACCUUUGAGCCGUACACUUCUAAUGUUUACACAAGAAGAGUUCUAGCAGGAGAAUUUGUUUGUGUAAACCCACACUUGGUAUAAGAUUUGAUUGACUUGAAUUUGUUCUCUAGUGAUAUUAAGAAUUCCCUUCUUGGUUUAAAUGGAAGUAUUCAAGCAAUCAAGAGUAUCCCACAGCAUAUCAAGGAUCUCUAUAAGACCGUCUGGGAAAUACCACAAAGAUGCCUUCUUGAUCUUGCUAUUGGAAGAGGUCCUUACAUUUGUCAAUCAUAAAGCACAAACAUUUAUAUGGGAGAACCUAACUUUGCAAAAAUGACUUCGAUGCACUUCUAUGGAUGGAAAAACGGUCUUAAGACUGGUUAAUACUACUUGAGAUCAAAGCCAUCUAGAGAUGCUAUCAAGUUUACUGUAGACAUAGAGCAUUUGCUUGAAGCUACAGAUACAGGAAACACUGAUCAAAUCAUUAACUGUUUGAACCUCGACAGCAACAAAGUUAUUGAAAAUGACCAAAAUAAUAUUAAGCGUUUAGACAGGUUAUUCUCAACAAACAACUACAAUGCAGAUGACCUUCUAGGAGAAGACGCUGAGGACAGACAUGUUAGACUUGAAGACGUUUUGGCCAACAAGAAGGCAGAAGAGAUAGAAGAAGUAAUCUUUGAGUGUCUCAACUGUGGAAGUUGA